UCAAUGUUGUUCCACUUAAGAACUGGGAAUGUAUCUUUUCUUGAAAAGAACCUGAUAUGUAGCUGCAGCCUGCAAGAACCUUUUUUCUUCUGCUUUACAAUUUGUUUUCUCAGCUAAUAAUCAUGGGAAGCAGUCAUUUCUUGAUUAUCCUUCUGUUGAACUUUCUGCUGCUUCUUUGUCCUUGUUAUUCACUUCCCUUGUGUACUGAUUCAAGGGCUCCUCUACCUCAAAAGACUCCUUUCACAUUCUGUCCUUACAAUGGAACCUCAUGCUGCAGCUCUGGUGAUGAUAAACAAUUGAAGACUCAAUUUGAUGCUAUGAACAUUUCUGAUUCUGGUUGUGCUUCUCUUGUAAAGUCUAUCCUCUGUGCGAAAUGUGAUCAAUUUUCAGCAGAUCUCUUUAGUACUACUAGUUCUGCUCCUAGACAACUUCCUAUACUUUGCGACUCCACAAAUUCUACGCAAACUAGCCAAGCUACAAAUAACUUUUGCUCGAAGGUAUGGACUACAUGUCAAAAUGCGUCCAUCAUGAAUUCUCUUUUUGCUGCUUCCUUGAAAGGUCAAGCUCCAACGCCUGUAAAGUCCAAUUCCACCAAGUUGACGGAUCUCUGGCAAUCACAAGACGAUUUCUGUAAUGCAUUUGGAGGAGCUUCUGGUGAUGGAUCAGUAUGCUUUGGUGGAGAACCCGUUACAUUAAAUACCACUGAACCUCCAAGUCCUCCAGGCGGUUUGUGCCUUGAGAAAAUAGGAAACGAUAGUUACCUCGAUAUGGCUGCUCACCCUGAUGGCUCUAAUCGUGCCUUUUUCUCGAAUCAGCAAGGAAAAAUAUGGUUGGCUACUAUUCCAAAAGUUGACUCUGGAAAGGUGUUAGAGCUUGAUGAGGCCAAUCCUUUUCUGGAUCUAACUGAUGAAGUUCAUUUUGACACUCAAUUUGGUAUGAUGGGGAUUGCAUUUCAUCCAAAGUUUUCGCAAAAUGGACGUUUCUUUGCUUCGUUCAAUUGCGAUAAGCAAACAUGGGCCGGAUGUGCAGGAAGAUGCUCUUGUAACUCGGAUGUGGAUUGUGAUCCAUCGAAACUGCCUAGUGAUAGUGGUACGCGACCAUGCCAAUUUCAAGCAGUUAUAGCAGAAUUUACUGUUAAUGGGACAAAUUCCCAGCCUUCACAGGCAAAAACUGCCAGCCCGAAAGAAGUCAGAAGAAUAUUCACCAUGGGCCUUCCUUUUACAUCUCAUCAUGGAGGCCAGAUUCUUUUUGGACCUAGAGAUGGAUAUUUGUAUUUCAUGAUGGGUGACGGUGGGGGUACUGGAGAUGCUUACAAUUUUGCACAAAACAAGAAAUCGUUGCUUGGAAAGAUUAUGAGACUUGAUGUCGAUAGCACACCAAGUGAUGCAGAGAUUACCAAGCUUGGUUUAUGGGGAAACUACACCAUUCCAAAGGAUAAUCCUUACAUUGAAGAUAAAGAGUUGCAGCCAGAAAUAUGGGCACUAGGAAUGCGAAAUCCUUGGCGCUGCAGCUUUGAUUCUGCAAGGCCAUCUUACUUCAUGUGUGCAGAUGUAGGCCAGGAUCAUUAUGAAGAGGUGGAUAUAAUCACCAAGGGAGGAAACUAUGGUUGGAAUAUUUAUGAGGGAGUCAAACCAUUCACUCCAAAAUCACCUGCAGCAAAUACAUCUGUGAGCUCAAUAAACCAAAUUUUCCCAGUCAUGGGUUAUAAUCACUCUGAUGUAAAUAAGAAUGAAGGCUCAGCCUCAAUCACUGGUGGAUACUUCUAUAGGUCCACGACCGAUCCUUGCAUGUCGGGAAGAUAUCUGUAUGCAGAUUUAUAUGCAGGGGCUAUGUGGGCAGGCACUGAAAGCCCUAAGGACAGUGGAACAUUUAACACGACCGAAAUUUCAUUCACUUGUGCUGGAAAUUCCCCUAUAAAUUGUGCCUUAGUUCCAGGAAGCACAGUUCCAGCUCUAGGCUACAUCUUCUCAUAUGGUGAGGAUAACAAUAAGGAUGUAUAUCUCCUAGCAAGCAGUGGUGUAUACAGGGUUGUUCGUCCCAGUCGUUGCAAAUACACUUGUGCAAAGGACAAUGCUACUGACAUUGCCACUCCAGCUCCUGGUAGUUCCCCUCCUUCAGCAGCAGUCAUGUUAACAGUUUCAUACAAGAUAGCACUCCUCCUAUUGUCCUUUUUGGUUAUGGUUCUUAGUUGAUACCGGGUUGCUGCUUAUGUAUAGGAACUCGAUAGGCUGCUUAAUUAGUUAAGUAUUAUACAAUUGCUAUUUUAGCUUUCUUUGAGUUCAUUGUAUGAGUAUUGUUUCUGGAAUUUUUGGCGAUUGGAUGUAAUGCACAAUGGUGGUCAAUUUAUGAGGAUUGUUACCUAAA